AUGGAAGUUGAGUCCACGACCAGCGAGCGCAAGAGGAAGCACGCCAGCGACGCCUCGCCCGAGCGUACGACGACCCCAACCGAGUCCAGCGACGAUGCCAGCGAGAGACCGGUGUUCCCAGUGACCAAGGUGGUGCUCUCCAAGACUGGCAUCGGCUACUUCGAACGGGAGGACGAGGUGGCGGGCGGGCGGCCGUUCGAGCUGUUCUUCAAGAGCGGCGACAUGAACGACGUCCUCAAGUCUCUCACCAUGAUCGACCUCUCCGGCCGACCCGACACCAAGAAGGCCAAGAAGGAGGUCGACGACCAGCCGCUCGCCCGGGGCAGUGCCAGUCUGGUGUCGUCGAUCAGCUACGAGUCGACGCGGCCCUUCGACAAGCAGCUCGACGACCUCUCCAUCUCGCUCAACGAGCACUCGUCCCUGCGCGACCUGCUCGGCCAGGUCAAGGGCACGCCCGUCCAGGUGGAGAUCCUCCGCCACGGCAAGCGCGACCUCGUCGAGGGCACCGUCAUCGGUCUGGAGCGGAAGAAGGUGGUGUUCCCGAGUGCCCACAAGGCCUACUUCCUGGCGCUGCUGGUGGGCGGCAGGGCCGUGCAGUACUUCGACCUCGCCGCAGUGGUCAAGCUGCGGUUCGCGAACGAGCUCAUGCGCCAGGACCUGCGCCACCUACUCUCCGUCCUCCUCCAGGCGAAGAAGAAGGACCUGAAGUCGGUCACGGCCUACCCGCGCGGGGGCGGGGAGUCGAGCACGAUUCGGGCGUCGUACAUCGUCGAGGCACCCGUGUGGAAGGCCACCUACCGCCUCUUUUUCAAUACCAACCACCGCCCGGGUCGCCGUCCUGCCGGCCCCGAUGAUAUCGACGAUGACGGUGACGCCGAGCAGCAACGGCCCAAGUCGAUCAUCGAGGGGUGGGCGCUGGUGGACAACACGCAGAACGAGGACUGGCGCGGGGUGGAGCUGUCGCUGGUGUCGGGCGCGUCGAACUCGUUCAUCUACGACCUCUACAACCCGCGCUACGCCGCCCGCACCGAGGCACGCGCACCCUCCCCCACCCACUCCUCUGUACCGGGUGCCGUUGAGGGCCAGUCUACUCGGCUAACUGAUGGUCGGUGA